AUGAUUCAACAUCAUAGUUUUGCCAAUAGAAUGGACCAAGAUAUAAAAAAAGAUAAAAGAUCAAUUACAUCUGCUCUAAAUCUACAAAAAGCACGUGAUGCUAGAAAAAAUCAAUUUGUGAUCUAUGAUAGUGAUUCUGAUUCUGAUAAUGGUUCUGAUAAUGAUAAUACAAAGAAAAGAAUAAACAACAAAGCUACUGUUCAAAAGAAAAGAAUGAAUAAAAAAAUGGAAUCUCUCAUCGAAAUUAUUAAAGAAUCAGAUAUUAUAAAGAAUAAAAUGAUUAUGAAGUUUUAA